AUGAAGUAUUCGCUUUAUUUGGCGAGGAAAUAUGCGGCCGAAGGCUGGUGGGAUCGAUCUAUUCGACAUUAUCUUACUGUAUUGUUCACUUAUCAGAAUAUCGACCAACGUGAAAUUGAAUUCGCCGACGAGUUCCGUUCAGUACUGGAAAGUUGGAUGUAUUAUUCUCGAAACGCCGAUUCAUGCCUAAGUGCUUUAUUUGCUCCAAUUCUGAAUUUAUUUCCGAAAUCUGUACCUAUCGUAACGCUUCUGUCUGAGCACGUUUCUGGAAAUGCCAAAUUUACAGAAGAUGAUGGCGAAUCUGGAAUGUGUUCGUACGAUUGUCUGAAAGCAGCUAUUAAUGCUGAAUGUAGCGAUCUAAUGGGAGCCGUCUUUCGUGUUUCAUCUGCGAACAGCCGAAGCUGUGAUUUUGAUCAAUGGCAUAUGCUGAUGAUUAAUGAUAAAGAUAGGAAUGAAAAGUUCCUGGAUGCCUUAAGAAACACCGUUCUUCCAUCUGAUCAUGUAUUAGAUAUUGGCACAGGUACCGGCCUCAUAAGUGUGUUCGCUGCUAGUUGUGGCGCAUCUAAAAUAACAGCUAUCGAGUCGAAUUCAUUCUUAUAUCAUCUAGCUAAGAGAGUACUGAAUCUUAAUGGAGUAAAGAAUGCGAGGAUCAUCCAGGAUUACUCAUUCAAUUACUACCCUGAGGAUGCAGAUCGGGCCGACAUCGUUGUAUCGGAAAUACUCGAUUGUUGCGCAUUUGGCGAGGGAGUGAUACCCACAUUUCUUGAUGCCCAUCUUCGAUUGGCUACAAGUACGACGCGGUUCAUCCCUGCGAAUGUCACACUUUUUGCAACUUUGAUGGAGUCACCUAGCAUUUUUUUGAGUCAUUCUUUUACGUCGCCAUCUGGUAAAGAAUUUCGAUCGGAAUACGUCUACUUUGGUAGCGAACAACGGUUCAUCGUGAAGAACUCUGACUAUCGGGUCGAUGGUAUUCCUGCAGUUUGUUUGACAUCCCGAGGAAUCCAGUCACUAACGGCUCUUGUCCAUCGGUUGUCAUUCAUACGCAUGACGUAUCCGACCUACCUUGUCUUCGACUGUUUGGCAUACAGAACAGCGUCAUUGAUUUUUGAUCGUUGA